AUGGCAUCAAAAAAGCGCAACUUUACUACAAAAGCGCUUUUGGACCAGUUGUGUGAAAGCGACAGUGACACGGAGGUGCUCGCAGAACUGAGCGAUAGUGAGUUGUGGGGAGAUUUGACGUCUGACACUGACACUGAUCUGGCAAGUGACAACGGCGAUGAUCCUGCACCUGACCUCAGCCAUGUGCGCACUUGGUGCCCUAUUGACUGCGAUACGGACCAGGUAGCUCCCCCAAGAUUCCUGUUCACUGGAUCACCUGGGAUAAAGGUAGAUGUUGAGUGUGACAACCCUCUGGCAUACCUGCAAUUAUUCCUCACUGAGGAGGUAAUCGAAAAAAUUGUCACGGAGACAAAUCGCUACCAAGAGCAGCAAUCCGCUAUGCUGCAUGCCACCUUUUCCAGAAGCAGAAAGUGGGAACCGGUGACCAAAGAGGACAUGUGGCAGUUUCUGGGACUCAUCAUUCUUCAGGGGGUGAUGGGGAAACCGCUCCAGAAAUUGUACUGGACCACCAAUAAGUUACUGGCCACUCCAUUUUUUGGCACCGUGAUGUCAGAAUACCGGUUUUCCAUCAUCAUGAAGUAUUUCCAUUUCAUGAACAAUGAAGAAUUUGAUGAGGCCAUGCAUCCUGCGCCCAAACUAAAAAAAAUCUGGGCGGUAUGGCAAAUUAUUGUGACCAAUUUCCAGCGGACCUACGUGCCAGAAAGGGACAUCAGCGUAGAUGAAAGUUUGAUGGCCUACAAGGGACGCCUAAGCUGGAUACAGUACAUUGCAUCCAAAAGAGCGCGGUUUGGCAUCAAAACCUACAUGCUCUGCGAGUCAUCCACUGGGUACAUCUGGAAUUCAGUCAUUUACAACGGUAAAGGCACGAAGUUCAACCCCAGGUACAGCGGCUAUGGGAUGGCCACAUCAUCUGUCCUUACACAGCUGAAGCCAUUGCUGAACCAGGGAUAUUGUGUGACCACGGACAAUUUCUACACGUCUCCGGAACUGUAUGAGGUUUUGCUACAAAACAAGACUGAUGCAUAUGGUACCAUUAGGCCUAACCGACGUGACAUGCCAUCUAUGUUUGCCAAGAAAAAACUCAAAACCAGAGAAAUGGUUGCCUGGCAGAAGGGUAAGAUGAUGGCAAUGCGAUGGCGAGACAAGAAGGACAUGUGUCUCAUGAGUACUGUGCACAAUACUUCUACUGCCAUGGUCCACACAAAAAGUGGGAAAGAUGUGCUGAAGCCGCAAGUCGUGAUAGACUAUAAUAAUACCAUGGGAGGUGUCGACAGAGCCGAUCAGGCAAUAGGAUUUUAUCCGGCUAUGCGCAAACAGCAAAAAAAAUAUUAUAAGAAGAUCUUCAGGCAUCUUCUGGAACAAUGCCUUUGGAAUGCAUAUAUCCUGCACAGAGCAAAGACUGACAAGCAUCUUGUUCAUUCUGAGUUUAUAUGGAAGGUGGUUGAGCGGAUUUUUGUCAACCACCAGACGCCAUCAGUAGCUGUGAACAGACCUGGACGUUGUGCUGUUGACGUUGGCAACCCAGAACGCCUGACUGGUCGUCACUUUAUCGACUACAUCCCGCCAACCGCAAAAAAGGCAGCACCUACCAGGAUGUGUGUGGUUUGCUGCUCAAAGAGAGAUGGCAAUGGAAAGAAAGUCAGAAAAGAAACCAGGUUCCAUUGUCCUGAUUGUGACCUCGGACUUUGUGCAGUCCCAUGUUUCAAAAUUUAUCACACUCAGGAUGUUUAUUGA